AUGAAGGAGAAGGCGAUGAUCAAGACCGCCAAGAUGCAGGGCAACAUGAUGGAGCUGGUGGGGAGCAACCCCCCACAGAGGAACUGGAAAGGGAUCGCCAUCGCGCUGCUCGUGAUCCUGGUCAUCUGCUCCCUGAUCGUCACCUCCGUCAUCCUGCUGACGCCAGUGGAAGACAACAGUCUCUCUCAGAAGAAGAAGGUCACGGUGGAGGAUCUCUUCAGUGCCGAGUUCAAAGUUCACGACCCCGAGGCUAAGUGGAUCAGCGAUAACGAAUUCAUCUACAAAGAGCAGAAAGGAAAUGUGAUCCUGCGGAAUGUUGAAACUAAUCUGUCUACAGUGUUAAUAGAAGGAAAAAAAAUUGAGUCACUGCGAGCCGUCAGAUACGAGGUGUCUCCCGAUAAGGAAUAUGCACUUUUCUCCUACAACCUGGAGCCCAUUCACCGGCACUCCUACACCGGGUACUACGUCCUGAGCAAAAUCCCGCACUGGGACCCUCAGCGUCUGGACCCCCCGGAGGUGAGCGACGCGAAGCUGCAGUACGCAGGCUGGGGCCCCAAAGGCCAGCAGCUGAUAUUCAUCUUUGAGAACAACAUCUACUACUGCGCUCACGUGGGGAAGCAGGCCAUCCGCGUGGUCUCCACAGGGAAGGAGGACGUCAUCUACAAUGGCCUCAGCGACUGGCUGUACGAAGAGGAGAUCUUGAAGACCCACAUCGCCCACUGGUGGUCUCCGGACGGCACGAGGCUCGCCUAUGCCACCAUCAAUGACUCGCGCGUACCCGUCAUGGAGCUCCCAGCCUACACGGGUGCCGUGUACCCCACCGGGAAGCUCUACCACUACCCCAAGGCCGGGUGUGAGAACCCCACCAUUUCCCUGCACGUCAUCGGCUUGAACGGGCCCACCCACGACCUGGAGAUGACGCCACCCGACGACCCUCGGAUGAGGGAAUACUACAUCACCAUGGUGAAGUGGGCCACCAACACCAAGGUCGCCGUGAACUGGCUGAGCCGGGCGCAGAACGUGUCCAUCCUCACCCUCUGCGACGCCACCACAGGCGUCUGCACCAAGAAACACGAGGAUGAAAGUGAAGCCUGGCUCCACAGACAGAAUGAGGAGCCGCUGUUCUCCAGGGACGGACGGAAGCUCUUCUUCGUCAGAGCCAUCCCGCAGGGCGGGCAGGGCAAGUUCUACCACAUCACCGUGUCCUCCUCCCAGCCCAACAGCAGCAGCGACAACAUCCACUCCAUCACGUCGGGGGACUGGGACGUGACCAAGAUCCUGGCCUACGACGAGAAGCGGAACAAGAUCUACUUCCUCAGCACCGAGGACCUGCCCCGGAGACGCCACCUCUACAGCGCCAGCACAGUGGGCAACUUCAACCGGCAGUGCCUGUCCUGCGACCUGGUGGGCAACUGCACCUACUUCAGCGCAUCCUUCAGCCACAGCGCCGACUUCUUCCUGCUCACGUGCGAAGGUCCUGGUGUCCCCAUGGUGACUGUGCACAACACCACAGACAGGAAAAAAAUGUUUGACCUGGAAACAAAUGAGCACGUACGGAAGGCUAUAAGUGACCGGCAGAUGCCCAAAGUGGAAUACAAGGAAAUCAAGAUGGAAGAUUACAGCCUGUCCAUGCAGAUCCUCAAGCCCGCGACCUUCACGGAGACCAUGCACUACCCGCUGCUCCUGGUGGUAUCGAUGCUGAAGGAGCCGUACGUCGACAGGACGCGCGUGGCCGUGUUCGGGGAGGACUAUGGCGGCUACCUGAGCUCUUACAUCCUCCCGGCGAAGGGAGAAAACCAGGGUCAGAUGUUCGCCUGCGGCUCGGCUCUCUCUCCAAUAACGGACUUCAAGCUCUACGCCUCGGCCUUUUCCGAGCGGUACCUGGGCCUCUACGGACUGGACAACAGGGCGUAUGAGAUGACCAAGGUGGCCCACCGGGUAUCGGCGCUGGACGGGCAGCAGUUUCUGAUCAUCCACGCGACGGCCGAUGAAAAAGUCCACUUCCAGCACACCGCCGAGCUCAUCACCCAGCUGAUCAAGGCGAAGGCCAACUACAGCCUGCAGAUCUACCCGGACGAAAGCCAUUACUUCCACAGCGAGCGCCUCAAGCAGCACCUGUUCCGCGCCAUCGUCACCUUCUUCGCCGAGUGCUUCCAAGUCCAGGACAAGCCGCCAGCCGCGCCGGCAAAGGAGGAGGAGGAGGAGGAGGACUGA